AUCUGUCAUCAGUAAAAUUAAAUAUCUCAGCUUAUGAAAUAUAUUAAUUAGAGCCGAAGUGCUAAGUGCUAAGUUCUCUAUGCGUAACUAAUCCUGGAUCAAUAGUGUGUUCUCAAUAACUACUUCAUAACAUUAAUUAUAGUAGACCUAGAAUUCCUAUGUAGUUAGCUAUUGGUAAUGCUGAAAUUAGUAUUCAAAAAGUUCGGCUGUAAUUGAAACAGAAUGGCGCUUCUGGGGGCGCAAAUUGUCAUUACACUGGUCAUGGUCAGUGUAAUCCAGAAAGUGAGUCCACAUUUUUCUCUCGCCAAGUGGAUUCUUUGCUCGACCGGUUUGCUGCGCUACCUCCACCCAACGGACGAUGAACUGCGAAAGUUGUCAGGUGUUCCACGUGAGAAAAGCAAAUCAAAGAAAGACAAACGAGGCAACGGACAUGUUGAACACAGCGAGAAACCUUCAACCUUUCAUGUCCCGCGAAGUUUGGAUGUGCAGCUAGAAAGCGUUGGCAUAUCGCCAUAUGACAUCGUUCAUCUUAGAUACUACACCGAGUAUCAGUGGAUGGUGGAUUUCAGCCUAUAUGCCUCUAUUGUUUAUAUUCUCUCGGAGGCUUAUCACUUUUUCUUUCCAAUGAAAGAAGAGUUCAACCUGAGUAUGCUCUGGUGUCUACUAGUAAUUUUCUUCGCCUUUAAACUGUUGGCAUCUCUUACCAUUCAGUAUUUCCAAAGCGAAGAAUCGAUUGGCGAGCGAUCAACGUGUAUUGUUACUGGAUUUGUUUAUUUCUUGAUUUCGAUGAUAAUCUUGAUUGUACCAGAGACCACCCUGGAGGUGGGACUGGAUCGGGCCUACAAGAGCUUCAAUGAAAGUGCUUCGAUUUUCCUUGAAUCACAAGGACUACAAUCUUCCGGCCCUGCCUCAAAAAUUGUAGUUAAAUUCUUCAUAGCCGUGAGCUGUGGAAUUCUUGGGGCUUUGUUCACAUUUCCAGGUCUUCGUAUGGCCAGAAUGCAUUGGGAUUCGUUGAAACUCUGCCAAGAUAGGGUAUGGCUCAAGUUCGGGCUUAAUCUAAGUUUCGCUAUGCCUUUUCUGUUGGUUGUUCUGUGGAUCAAACCAUUGAGCCGAGACUAUCUUACUGUACGUGUGUUUUCCGGAAUGCCCGCACCACUUUUAUCAUCAGAAGCAUUCGAAACAAUCCGAUUGGCCGCGGUAGUAUUCGCAGUUUUACUCCGGUUCAUCUUGAUGCCAGUAUAUCUACAAGCAUAUCUGAAUCUAGCAUACCAUCGAAUCGAGGACCAGAAAAAGGAAGCUGGUCGAAUCACUAAUGUGGAUCUUCAGAAGAAAAUUACUUCUAUUUUCUACUACCUUUGCGUUGUAACACUGCAGUACGUAGCACCUAUUCUAAUGUGUUUGUACUUUGCGCUAAUGUACAAAACAUUAGGUGAGUACACUUGGACUGGCUUCCUGAAGGAGGCAAUUCCUCUGGACGAAUGUUCAGCGGAUUUAGAAACCCAGCUUGCCAUGGAAGCAGCAACGACGACGACAACCGCGACCACAGAGAGCAAUUUUGCAGAAACCGUGGAUGAAGCCAGUGUUAUGUCCGCUGCGCAUUCUUUUCAGUUGUCUCUGAACAGUCUGAAAGGAGUGUUUACCAAAGACGUUUAUCGGGGAGUGCUGGGUUUCGCAACCUGGUGGUGCUGCUUUAUCUGGUUUGCUGCCACUUCGCUAGGAAUGGUUUAUCAGUCAUACUUUACCAAAACAUAAGUAUGAAAUAAAAACGAUUUGUGUGUUUCGUUUGUUCGCCUCUCAGUAACAAGCAUUUAGUGUGAAAAUGUGCAUUUUUACAGUCUACCUAAUGAAAACAUAAAUCCGUUGAGAUUUAUUCUUGGACGCACACGAGUUUUUUUACUAUUACAUACAAUGUAAGUUAAACAUAAAUAAAUCGAAGCGAAAAGUCCGGAUUGUUUUAAA